CCAGACGACGCCACCUCUAAUAAGGAAGACGCCAUUGCUCCCUAGUAAGAACUUCCUGUGAUUGAUACCGGCUUAUUCGACGCAUUUAUAUUAGAACUUGCGACCACUGAGACAAUGUCUCGCAAUCGGGAGAGUACCAACACAGACAAUAAAGUCUACGUUGGAGACUUAGGAAACAACGCGUCCAAAGGAGAAUUAGAAGAUGCUUUCUCGUAUUAUGGAAGACUAAGAAGUGUCUGGGUAGCAAGAAAUCCUCCUGGUUUUGCAUUCAUUGAGUUUGAAGAUCCAAGAGAUGCAGAAGAUGCUGUUCGUGGUCUGGAUGGAAGAACUGUGUGUGGUCGACGAUGCAGAGUAGAGUUAUCAACAGGACGAACUCGUUCGCGCGGUUAUAGCGGACCAUCUCGACGUGGAAGACCUUUCCAUCCUGAAGAUCGCUGUUAUGAAUGUGGAAGUCGUGGCCAUUAUGCUAGAGAUUGCCCUCUGUACAGUCGCGGUCGUAGACGUGGAUCAAGGAGCAAUAGUCGCUCUCGUAGCCGCUCACGUAGCCGCUCACGUUCAAGGAACCGUAGUCGCAGCCGUUCCAACUCUCGUCGCUCCAGGUCUCCCAGCCGUUCAAAGAAUCGUUCUCGUAGUCGCUCCACAUCUCGCCACUCACGUCGAUCCCGAUCGGUUUCACGUCAUUCACGCACUCGGUCUCCUACCCGGUCAAAGUCAAAAUCCGUAUCGCGCCGAUCCGUUUCAGAUCGCAGUCAAUCGCGUGACCGUUCCCGAGAUCGCUCGCGUUCCCGUGACCGAUCGCACGAUCGUUCACGUUCGGUUUCUCGUUCCCGGAGCAGAUCAUCUAAACGGAGUGUCAGCCCGCGUGCCAACGGCGACGAUUGAUAAAUAUUGAGGACAUACUUUAUUUGGGCAACAUCAUAAUUUUUUUUUUACAUUUUUUACUUCUUUCUGGGUUAUCUUUAGAAAUAAUGGCUGGCUGACGUAGCGAAGCUACACGGCGCAAUGUUUUUGCUCUGCUUCAUUCUAAAUUUCUUGAAAACAGACGGUCCCUAAAUUUCACUUUUCCCCGACAUGAAAGAAAAAAAAACCUUUUUUUCCCCCUCUCUCGUCUCCAUUACCCCCAUCGGCCACCCCAUCACUAGCCCUCAUCUUAUUAUUAUUCAGUCGACAUUCCACAGUUGGAAAAGAACUGCAAUACAUGACUCACUGGAAA